GUGAGACUUGUUUGAGAGACAUGUGUUGUGUGUUUGAAAUGAGACCACAAAUCGUGUGAUUCAUUAACAGUUGGUUUACCUCUUUGGAUGACAAUGAGUGACACAAUCGACCAUAAAAAGAGUGACAAACUCUUGGAGCGAAAGAAGCGAAAGGUUUUACUGAAAGAGAAAAAGUCGCGAAUAAUUGUGAGAAACCUAUCGUUUAAAGCGAAUGAAGAGACCAUUAAAUCGGCGUUCAGUCGUUUCGGACAAAUCCGUGAAAUAAAUAUACCGAAGAAUUCGGACGGAAAGAUGAAAGGCUUUUGUUUCGUCGGUUUCGAUGCCAUUAAAAGCGCUCUCAAAGCCAUCAAAGAGAUGAAUGCGAAGCCAUUGAUGGGUCGGACGGUUGCCGUCGAC